CCACUUUAACUGUGCGCCCGUAAUAUUUUGGUAGGCGUGAGCCGCUGAGAUUUGUUGUAGUAAGCUUACACCGGUUCUCUAUGUCGUGUCGGAGAGAGCAGCGCAGUGAUCAUACACAAGCGCCGGCGUCGAGCCCCUCCUUUCUCCUCUAGCUAGACGCCCCGUUGCCCAGGCCACACAUUUUUAAAUAAAAUAAAUGUCACCGCACAGCCAGGAAACUACUCGUCAGCCUGCUGGUCCGUAACUACGCUUCUCUGCGCCAUGUCAGCCAGCGUCCAUAGUCUUGUGCUAGCUAGCAAGUAGGCAAGCUAGUUAGCCGCACGAAAUGCUAGCACAGUUCGGUAGCUACGUUCCGUUCGGCGUUUCUAUGGUUUUUGCAUCUUCUUUAAGUGAGCGUCAUUUCAUCUCGGAAUUCGACAAGACUGCUAUGAACAAUGACCAUAGUUGACAGAUCUUCAGAAAAGUCUGACCACGAGUCAGCCGGAUGUAACCGAUCCUCCUUCACCAGUGGAGACGUGGGGAUGGACGGCAGUUGUUCCAGCAGCUGGGCAGUGGGCCCCACUGUACCCAGUGACUCUCCAAGGCUCAAGGCUCCAGUAGGCUGCCUGGCCCCCACUCCUGGAGCUGCUGUGUACAACAGUACACCCUCCUCUGUGGACCGGCCCAAGGAACAAGUGGUGAGCAGUGGCGAUGGAAUUGACUUGCCCCAGAAGGUGCUGUUCUCACCAGAUCGGCUCAGCCUAAAGUGGGCCCAGGUUCACCGCAUUGGUGCAGGCCUCCAGAACAUGGGGAACACCUGCUUCCUCAACUCAGCCCUGCAGUGUCUCACCUACACCCCUCCUUUAGCAAACUACAUGCUGACACGGGAGCACUCCAAAACAUGUCAUGAGCCAGGGUUCUGUAUGAUGUGCACCAUGCAAAACCACAUCAUUCAGGUUUUUGCCAACUCUGGGAAUGUCAUUAAGCCCAUUGGUGUACUCAAUGAGCUUAAGAGGAUUGCAAAGCACUUCCGCUAUGGAAGCCAGGAAGAUGCUCAUGAAUUCCUGCGGUACACAGUGGAUGCUAUGCAAAAGUCCUGCUUACCUGGAACCAAAUUGGACAGGCAAACGCAGGCAACCUCUUUCAUCCAUCAAGUGUUUGGCGGGUACCUAAGAUCCAGAGUUAAAUGUUUGAACUGCAAAGCUGUCUCAGAUACAUUUGACCCUUUUCUGGAUAUCACUCUGGAAAUUAAGACUGCUCCAAAUGUCUCCAAAGCUCUGGAGCAGUUUGUCAAGCCAGAACAGCUGGAUGGCGAAAAUGCUUACAAAUGCACCAAGUGCAAAAAAAUGGUAACGGCCUCAAAAAGAUUCACAAUCCAUCGCAGCGCCAAUGUGCUCACCCUCUCACUCAAACGCUUUGCAAACUAUAGUGGAGGCAAAAUCACAAAGGAUGUGAAGUAUUUGGAGCAUCUGGAUCUGCGGCCCUUCAUGUCUCAGUCCCAAGGGGAGCCCCAGCUCUACGGGCUGUUUGCUGUGCUGGUUCACUCUGGAUUCAGUUGUCAUGCUGGACACUAUUUCUGCUAUAUUAAGGCCAGCAAUGGGCAGUGGUAUCAGAUGAAUGACUCGUCUGUGUCAGUCAGUGACAUUAGGACCGUCCUCAACCAGCAGGCCUAUGUCCUCUUCUACAUCAAGUCCACAGAUGUGAAAAAAACUGGGGACUACAGCCACUUGAACCAUAACGCUGGCAUAUCUGGUCAGUCAUCUCCCCGGCCGGUGGUGAUCCCACGCACCAACACCACCAUCCAUCACAACAGUGUUGGCUUCAUAGGUCCCCAGCUGCCACCACACAUGAACAAGAGUUCUCUUCAUGUUAAUGGGAAUGGAUCUCUGAGGGACUAUCCCACAAGCUCCAAGCCCAGCACCAGCGGCAGUGCGGUGGGGAAACCAAACCAUGGACUAGCUUCUUCUGCUUCCUCUUCUUCCAUCUCCCACUCAGUCAGCCGGCCCACAAUGAUUCCAGACAGCGACAAACGACAGAAGCUUUCAUUUUCAAUUGGGCUAAACAAACCGAACCGCCCAUCUGCUUCUUCCUCCUCUUACUGCCAGCCGUCCUCCGCCAGCAGCUCCUCCUCCUCCAGCUCUUUGUCCUCCUCACAGUCUACCUCAGAUGUCCAACCAGACGUUCGUUUUAUUCCGCGUCCACUAAACCAAGUCAGCGGCAUGCCUUUCAGUAAUGGGAAUCACAACCCUGUAGGAAACGGGGCGUCCUUCCUGGUGCCGUACAGCCAAGAGUCUUCAGAGGAAUCAGACCAAGAGAACUGUGGCACUCUGGAUAACGGCAGUUCAUCCAAGUCUCAUCCUAAUGAAAAUAAAGACACAGGAAAUGUCUUUGACAAUUCUUCCAAAACCGCCAAUGGGGAGUCAGGAGUGCACCAUAACGGCAGUGGAUUAAAUGGACAAACGUAUGGAGACUUCAAAUCCAGUCAAAAUGGACACCACAAUGGUCAUCACAAAGUGAAUGGACACGGUGGCCCUGACAAGAUCUCUGACAGUAAUCAUGGCAGUUUGACGUCUACGGCUCCUGUUGCUAAUGGAAUAGGCAGUGACCAUAGCCAACCAAACAAAGAUGCCUCAUCCCAGGCCAGUUCUUCUCAGAGCAUUCGUCCUGCUGCUAAUGAAAGCCAGGAUUUCUCCACUCCUGUCACAAGGGCUAAAACUCCAUCUGAACCCCUGCCUCACUGUACAGAAUCCUCCGCCGCUAGCGCUUCACCCUCAGCUACUGCUACAAAUACCCCUUCUGUUGCAGUUAAAGAAUCUGCUUCCGCUCUUUCUUCUUCUGGGCAAGAUGGCAACCCUGCAGCCUUACCCCCUCAGCCGGGCUGCUCUCAAAGCACCAGUGGGGCUUCUGCAGCUCCACAGAAAGUUAGCGUAAGCAAGGAUGAAGCCAAGGAUCUACCACAAGAUAAAUGUGCAACAACAGGGACUGAUGGACGUAAGGAUACUAAGGAGCAGUAUCAGUUCAAGCCUAGUUCUAGUGGCAAUGAAAGACGAUCUUCCCGAGACAGGGAGAGGGAAAGACUGUACUCUAGCUCUGGCAGAGAUAGAGAAAGACACUACAGGGAUAGGAGUCACGAACGAGAAAGCGAAGGCGAUCGUCACCGGUACAGACGGGAAUACAAAGACGGUCACCACCGCCAGUACAGGGAUCGUUUCCCCCUUUCUGGACGUUACUACAGGGAAUGGGAGGCCGAGCGUCACCGGGAGCGAACCUUCCAGCACCCUCGGGAGCGUGAUCGCGACAGGUGCUCUAACCAUUACCAUUACUACCGCUACCGGUCGAGAGAGGACAUUGACCAUGAGCGAAGGGGAUAUGGUUACUCCCACCGAGAGGAGUCUCGUGGCAGUCGGAGGUGGCUGCAGGAUAGUAGAGACUCCUGGGCAAUGAAGGAUAAGAGUAAUGGCAAAGAGAGGGAAUAUUACUCCUCAAAGGAAGGAAAUUUCUCACCUUCUACAGCACCAGAAACAAACAAGUUCAAGGGCUCCCCACCACGGGCUCGCCUUUCCUCUCCAGACAAAGAGGAUCAAAAUCGCAAGAGGACUGAUCGUCUCAGCAAAGACAGGGACGACAGCUCUGAGGCCCGCCACACUAAAAAACACAAAAAGAGUAAGAAAAAGAAGAAAUCAAAGGAUAAAGACAGACACCGUGAGAGUGGAAGUUCUGACGGAGAUUCAGACAGAGCUGCGGAAAUGAGGAAGAAAAAGAAAAAGAGGAGACAUCGGGACAGCGAUCCUGAACUGCACAGCCCAGACGCAGCUCGGAGCCACAGAAACAGAAGCAGCGAGGAAAGGGAGAGCCGCAAGCGACACCACUCUGACAGAGACUUUAAACAUGACAAUGGCUUUCCAUCGGAAAAACGUCGCUGCAUAGACUACGCUGACGGCAGCGGUGGCCAUCUACUCCCUUCCAAUCAUACCACACCGGCAAACGGUUCAAGUUACGGCCAUCUCAAUGGACAACCAGGUUACAGCCAAAUCAGCGGCAGUGGAUUUUCCAGUGACCUGAAACACUGACUCUAUCCAUCAACCGAAUUUUAACAACAGCAGAGGAAUGACAUCAACAUUUUUGACGUGGUGCUUCUUCAUUAGGAAUAAUAUUGUAUUUUUACCACAAGUAAAGUGUUUUAAAAUUUAAACUAUCCCCCUUUCUUUUUUUUUUCCUCAAAUGGGCUUAUUUAUUUGCCGUAAUUUCUCCUAGCUAUCGGUUAAAAAGAAACUCACCUGUUGAACAUUUAUGAUGAAGAAUAUUAAUAUAUACUUGUAUGAACACAAAGCCUGGAGCUUAAACAUCUCAACUGCUGCUCAGUGGAACUCAGGACUUGGAAAAAAAACGUGUUAACAUCAAUCACAGAUAUCCACCUGCUUCGAAGAGGAACGAAACAAAGGGAAUGACGUGAUGCCCGAGAGGACUGAAAGGUAUCGGAAGUUUAAGAUGUCACCAUAUCUACACAGCUGCAAUGUUUUACUUUAUUUCUUUCUUUGAUCCCACUGGGAGCCGUGAAACUAAUGGAGUUAUUUGUGCAAGGGGAGGGAGGGUGGGGUGGGGGGUGAUGAGAACAGAGUUUUGCUGACUGAUACCUCCAUGUUAACCCUGGAAAGACUUGAGAACAUUUCCCAGCUUUCAUUUUCAUCUUCGUUCCCAUUUGUGAAGCCUAAGAUUCACUCUGUAAUUUUAACUUUCUUCACCAGAUGCAGAGGUUUUUGGGUUUUUUUUUUUUAAAUUAUUAUUUUGUCAUGCCGCUCUCUCCCUUUUUCUUUUUUUUUUUUUU